UAACGGUCCACUUUACCGUAGUCCCAGCAGCUCUCCAUGUCUGCUCUCAAGUUUGCAGUUUCUGCGCUCAACCGCGAUAAACCUCAUUCAUCUAUCACUGAUUGGGUAGACAUUCUCACCUCACCUUCAUAUAAAUCAAUUGCGCUACAACCAACAGGGACUUCCGAAGCAUCCAGAGCAAUACGGAAGAAACUCAAGCAUGGAGAUGCACAUCACCAGUACCGUGCGCUUGUCAUACUGAAAGCGCUUGUCGACAAUGGUCCUCAGAAAUUUCAAGCAACAUUUGCCGACGGCCAGCUGACUGAUGCCAUAAAGCAACUCGCAGCUGAUCCAACAACGGACCAGAAAGUUAAGAAGAAGCUCAUAGCCGUCCUUGCAUCGUGGAAUUCUCAGUUCAAGGAUGAUCCAUCGAUGUCAGUUGUUUCAGGUCUCUAUAGACAAUGUCGUCCCGCAGAUCGUCGCAGCCAAGGAUACUCAAAUGGCGCAGAACUCAGUCACGGUCCAUCAUCUGACUAUGAAAGGAAAAUGAAAGAGAAAGAUGAGAAGGAGUUGGCGAAACAACGGGCUAAGCGGGAGAAAGAAGAAGCAAAGGAAAGUGCGCGUAAAGCAGAGGAAGAAGCAAGGAGGAAGAAGAAGGGCCGGUCCCGACGAGCCCCAUUCAACUUCGAAGUUGAGAAGCCACAAAUACUCACAACCAUUGCUAAUGCAAGUCAAGCGUCCAGUAACCUGGUGAACGCCAUAACGCUGGUCAAUGGCGAGAAAGAAAGUGUAGCCUCGAACGUACGUGUGCAGGAGUGUCUUGAGAAAGCACGUGCAAUCCGUAAGCCUAUCGUGCGCUAUAUCCAAGUCGGUCUUUUGUGUUCUGUGGUCGGGUUAUUUGCUCAUGAUCAAACUCAGCUUGUGGAGAACGAGGAAAUGAUCGGCGCGUUAAUCGAGACCAACGAACGUAUUAUCAUCGCCCUGCAAAUGUACGUCAAUCUUGCAGCUCCUGAUCAGAUGACGCCGUUAGAUCCUACGGCGGGCGUGCAAGCCGCAAUGGCGGCGACGCACCUCAGCCCCAAUAAUACAGGCGAGCUCUCGAAUCAACAGCGAGCAGCUGUAGAGCAAUACAAGCAGCAACUACACGCUUAUGAGGAGCAACGUAGCAGCGGUAGUCAUAUCCACGAAGAUCUUCAAGAUCUAUCAUUUGGGUCUCUGGGUAACGAAGAGGGGAAAUUGCCCCCACCCAUGAGACCAACAGCACGACAUACCACUUCAACAGAGUCGGCGUGGGAUCAGGGGAGGGGAAGUCUCUCUGAUUUCAGCGACUACGAGAGUGAGGAAGAGGAACAACGGAGAUACGUUGCAAACCCACCUGCAACGUCUUCAGGCUCGCGACAUUCAGAAAGAAUUGUGGAUGACGAAGACCCAUUCGCGGAUCCGUUUGCGGAUUGAUCAUAUCGAGAUACAUCUUGAGUAAUCGCCGUGCGUAGGCAAUAUAUCUUAUGUACAUAUAGCCAACCCCCCCGGCUGUCUGGUGUAAUAACAGGUCCAGAAUUCUCGCUGGAAAUACAUGAUGAUACUAGUAUG